AAUGUAGGCAGUGCUUUUCCUCUUUAAUUCCGCUCUUCCCCUCAACUUCCUGGCCUGAAUGCAGCUUCUGUGACCCCUUCCAAGUUCCAGAAGUGGCCCAGGGCAAAUGGUCUGGAGCUGUGCCUUGGUUUCCCCAUGUGCAAAACACCGUGAAUUAGCGGGUGGUGAACUGUCCCCGGUUCUUCCUGCUCCCAAUUUUGGGCAGUAGGCAUACAGUAGGCGCUUAAUGUAUACUGACAGUACAAACGACCUGCGGGUCCGCAGCGCCAGGCUCCUAGACGGUCAGCUGCCACACCCCGCGGGGCGGAGCAGCCCGCUGGCAGGGUUCGGCCCUUUUGGGGAACACACUGUGAACGCCAGCUGGAUUGCAGUCCAGGAGCUGGAGAAGCUGGGUCUUGGUGACAGCGUGGACCUGCACGUGUACGAGAUUCCGGUUGAGUACAAAACGGUGCAGAGGCUCAUCCCCGCCCUGUGGGAGAAGCACAGUCCUCAGCUGGUGGUGCAUGUGGGGGUAUCGGGCAUGGCAACCACAGUCACACUGGAGAAGUGUGGACACAACAAGGGCUACAAGGGACUGGACAACUGCCGCUUCUGUCCUGGCUCUCAGUGCUGCGUGGAGGACGGGCCUGAGAGCAUCGACUCCAUCAUUGACAUGGAUGCGGUGUGCAAGAGGGUCACCACGCUGGGUCUGGAUGUGACAGUGACCAUCUCGCAGGAUGCCGGCAGAGCCACGGCCGCUCGGCCUUCGUCCACGUGCCCCCGCUGGGCAAGCCCUACAACGCCGACCAGCUGGGCAGGGCGCUGCGGGCCAUCAUCGAGGAGAUGCUGGACCUGCUGGAGCAGUCAGAAGACAAACUCAGCUACUGCCACAAACACUGAGAGCCGCAGGCCUCCCAGGACCUCGCCCCGCUGGACCCAAGAGGGACAUCGCCCUCAGGGGCCUGGCCAGGAAGACAAGCGGUCGUCCGGGUCACCCAGCUCCUCUCCCUCUGCAGAAGCUCCGGUGGACUUGAAGCAGAGGCUGGGACUUCUCCUGUUCCCCUGUGCACUGGGGGACACAGCCGCCCCAGCCAGGAGGUAACCAGUGGGCCCAGA